AUGACAAUCGAGAUCGAGCAGGCCGCCACCGUGAGCAUCCUCUACGACGCGCUCCUGCAGAAGAAGAGCAACUUUUGCCACACCAAGAUGGUCGAGGAGAGCAAGAAGCUGCUCACGUGCAAGCGCGAUGUCGACGAGUGUCUCGAGCGCAUCGACGAGAUCGAGGAGCAGCUCGCCGACAUCAAGAGCGAGCUCCCGGAAGACGCACCGAUGGACGACGCUGCCUUUGUGGGCCACACCGAGGCCCAGGCGCUCCUCUCAGAGAAGAAGGAAGAAGAGCUCCUUCUCAUCCAAAUGUCCAAGGUCUACGAGUGCAGAAAGGCCACGAUGCGCAUGCUCGUCAAGCACAAGUCGAUCCUUGACAGCUCGCGCAAGUCGCUCCGCAACCGCCAGCGCCGCAUCGUUGAGAAGGCCUUCCGCACCGGCCUCCUCGCGUGCCAGUCGUAA